AUGGCUGCAAACACAAAGCUAAACGUCCAGUCGUUUCCUCGCCCGCCGCGGCUGGAAAAGAUGCCUCGGCAUGUCCGCAUCACGUACAAGAACAUCGAGAUUGCCGAUACGAAGGAUGCGUUUUGGGUGCUGGAAACGCAUCAUUCGCCAAGUGCGUUUCCUCUCGUCAAGGUGCCUCUCAAGCCCACCGCCCGCUCCAGCUGGUGCGAGUGGAAAGGCGCAGCAACGGACUACAGCAUCGCCCUCCCGGACGGCACCGUGUCCAACCGCAUCUGGUCGUACAACAGGCCGACGUCCGGGUUUGAGCCCAUCGGCGGGUACCUGAGCUUCUACGCUGGCCCGUGGGACUGCUUCGUCGACGGCGAGCGCGCAGAGCCUCAGCCGGGCGAUUUCUACGGCGGAUGGGUGACGAGCGAGAUUCGAGGCAUCGUCAAGGGCCGGACGGGCAAUCUGGAUCCCGUCGUCUGA